AUAUACAUAAUUAAAAAAACUGCUAUAUGUAUAUAAAAAAAAUGAGGAGUAGGAAAAAAUCUGCUUGUCACAAAAGGCUUAUAGAUAGAAAGCACCUAUGUUCUUCUAAUUCCAUUACCUUUUUUCGUCUUCUUAAAGAAUAAAAGUAAUGUGUAAAAAAGGCUAAAGGAAAUACACUUAUAAACAUUAUUUAAGCAUAAACAUUUCCUCAUUCUUUUAAAAAAUGGAGGAUGAAAUUGUUUUGAGCGAAAAAGUAGAAGAACUAAAAAAUUUGAUAUACGUGGAUGAUACCCCUUUCAAUCAUCUAGACUUCAUGAAGGUGCCAUGCAUCCCCUGCUGUGUCUUACCCGGCAUGUCCUUCCUAAACACGCGUGCACAGGAAGAACACAAAAAUGGAUAUAGAAAAGAUGAAAUCAACGAGACUGAUGAGCUACAAGUCGAAUACUUCUACGCAAAGAGGCUACACAGAAGCAGUUUAGUAAAAAUAAAAUUCCCCGAAUGUUACGAAAUGGCUGGAGCUCUUCUAUCAGAUGCAACAGCAGCAUCCGUCGGAAAUUUGACCCACCUCUAUUUUGAAUUAGGAACCGAAUUAUGCCACAUGCUACCCGAAAACGAAUGGCCAGUGGAGAAGCUGGAAGAGCUCCUGCUGAUCGCGGAAAUGCGCAGAAGGGUUUAUCUAAUGAAACAUAAUGACCAGGUGGACCAAACAUACUUGGAAGGAAUGACGUUCAUGGAGAGGAAAAUGUUCAAUUCCUUCUCAAAGGGAACCGACGUAGACAAGCAAAAGGCGACAUCGAACAGGAAUAUUUUUAACUUUUUUGAAUUCGAUUUAUGA